AUCUACUGAGGUUAAUUCAGUAAAUAAGUUCUAAAACCUCCAAUAAAAACCCUAAUCCAGCAAUUUUUUUUCUUUAUUAAUUUGAACUGUUAACUCCAGCAAUUCACGUACAGAGAAUUAACCAGCAAAUCAAUCAUGGGUAAGGUGCAUGGAUCACUAGCCCGUGCGGGAAAAGUGAGAGGGCAAACACCGAAAGUGGCUAAGCAAGACAAGAAGAAGAAGCCCAGAGGUCGUGCCCAUAAGCGCAUGCAAUAUAAUCGCCGCUUUGUCACCGCCGUUGUUGGAUUUGGGAAGAAGCGUGGACCCAACUCUUCAGAGAAGUAAGCUCUCAUUUUGGUGAAGAUUUUCUAUAGUCCGAUCGAGAUUCAUAGACAAUGUUUGCAGAUUUUUGUUAAUGGAUAGUUUUCUUCUUCUCAUAUUUAGCUUAAAAGGGUGUUGCUUGAUGAGAAUGUUAUUAGUUGGAUUGCUUUUUGGAAGACAAAGUUCUUGCUUUUAAUGCUAAUUUAUUUGAGAAUGCAACUCUGAAACCAGUUAAGGUGAUGUCAAUUUUACUGGCAUAAAGAAGGAAUUUUUUUCA